AUGUCUUUUGUCCAGAACUCAACACGGCCUCCACUGAAGCUGUCUAACGUGGAGCGCAUCACAAACUUCCAGAUUCUAUUGCUGUUCGGCUGUCUACUGGCCAUUUCUCUGGUGUGCUCCAUCGGACAAACCAUCUGGAAGUACCAGUACGGCAAUGCAGCUUGGUACAUGGAUUUGAACUAUGGCGGUGCGGCGAACUUUGGCCUCAACUUCCUCACCUUCAUCAUUCUCUUCAACAACCUGAUCCCCAUCAGUCUGCUGGUGACCCUUGAGGUAAUCAAGUUCACCCAGGCCUUCUUCAUCAACUGGGAUACAGACAUGCUAUAUGAGCCCACUAACACCCCUGCUGUGGCUCGCACUUCCAACUUGAAUGAAGAACUAGGACAGGUGAAAUACAUCUUCUCUGACAAGACGGGGACUCUGACCUGCAACGUGAUGCAGUUCAAGAAGUGCACCGUCGCCGGCGUGGCAUACGGUCACAUUCCCGAGGCUGAGGAUGGUAGUUUUGCGGAGGACGACUGGCCGGUGGUGGCUGGCCCGCUCCAGAAGGCUGAAGUGCGUGAUGUUCCUCCGCCUCCUCUAGACAUCGAGGUGGUUCUGGCGUACUCUAAUUCCACCGUCUCCAUCCGGAUCGCCCUGCACCUCGCCCUCCGGGUCGUCCCCAAGGCCUGUAUCGACGUGCUGCUGGCCGCGCAUCAGGGGAGAUUGUUUAUCGACACGGUGGUCUACGACCGUCUGGCCGACAGUUCCAGGUAUAAAGAGAUCACUCUUAAACACCUGGAGCAGUUUGCCACCGAGGAGCUGCGUACUCUAUGCUUUGCUGUGGCUGAGAUCAGCGAAUCAUCCUAUCAGCAGUGGCUGGAGGUGUUCCACGGUGCCGCCAGCGCCCUGCAGAACCGAGCCCCCGAACUGGAGGAGAGCUAUGAGCUUAUUGAGAAGAACUUGCAUCUUCUCGGGGCCACGGCCAUCGAGGACAAGCUUCAAGACAAGGUGCCUCAGACUAUUGACACCCUGAUGAAGGCCGACAUCAAGAUCUCGAUCUUGACUGGGGACAAGCAGGAGAUGGCCGUCAACAUUGGAUACUCCUGCAAACUUCUGACCAAGAACAUGGGCAUGCUGGUGAUGAACGAAGACACACUUGACGCAACCAGGGAGACCCUCAGCCAACACUGUGGAAUGCUGGGAGACGCCCUUCACAAGGAGAACGAUUUUGCCCUCAUCAUCGACGGAAAGACUCUCAAAUACGCCCUUACGUUUGGAGCACGGCAGUACUUCCUAGACCUUGUCUUGUCCUGUAAAGCAGUGAUAUGCUGCAGGGUGUCCCCGCUGCAGAAGUCGGAGGUGGUGGAGAUGGUAAAGAAGCAGGUGAAGGUGAUCAAGCUGGCCAUUGGUGACGGUGCCAACGACGUGGGCAUGAUCCAGACGGCUCACGUGGGCGUGGGCAUCUCGGGCAACGAGGGCCUGCAAGACACCAACUCCUCUGACUACUCCAUCGCACAGUUCAAAUACUUGAAGAAUCUAUUGCUGGUUCACGGUGCCUGGAAUUACAACCGCGUCGCCAAGUGUAUCCUGUACUGCUUCUACAAGAACAUUGUCCUGUACAUCAUCGAGAUCUGGUUUUCCUUUGUCAACAGAUUCUCUGGUCAGAUUCUGUUUGAACGCUGGUGCAUCGGCCUGUACAAUGUGAUUGUCACCGCUCUGCCUCCUCUCACUCUGGGAAUAUUUGAACGCUCAUGCAGGAAAGAGAACAUGUUGAAGUACCCGGAACUCUACAAAACCUCCCAGAAUGCCAUGGGUUUCAACACCAAGGUCUUCUGGGCCCAUUGUCUGAACGGCCUCUUCCACUCUGUCAUCCUUUUCUGGGGCCCCCUCCUAGCCUUCCAGCAUGAUACAGUCUUCGGAAACGGAAAGACCCCGGACUAUCUCCUCUUAGGCAACAUGGUUUAUACAAGUUUCUCCCAUUCUUCUCUGUAG